GUUGCACGGCCCCUCGACCCUAAUAAAAGCAUCAGCAUGGAUUCCAAGGCAGUCAAGAGGAACCGUGAUAGCGUGUUACACCGCACAUUGGUUGGUAACAUCACAAAGACACCAAGGCUCUCUGACUCUCCACUUCGCUUGAUGCAGAUAUUGGAUGACCGUUUUGAGAAGCUAAGCGAUAGAAUCGAAGAUCGUAUGAAAUCAUUGUUAAAAGAAUCUGAAAACCGAAUCUUUAAUGAACUGGACAAAAGUUUAUGCGAGUUACGUGCAGACAUUGCUGAUAUCAGUGAUAGAGUCACGAAACUAGAGACUGCAGUAUGUGAAAUCGAUGUGCUCAAACUGGAAUUAAAAGAGAUCAAACUGCAAGUCUUACGUCAAGAAAAUGCUCCGGUUGCUUCAGAUCUUCGUAUAAAUGGAAUCCCUUUCAAUGAAAAUGAAAACCUAAAUAACAUUUUCACAAAAACCUGCACAAGCUGUAAUAUUCCGACUCCAAAACUCAAAUUUAUACACCGGCUAAGAAACAGAAACAACACUAAAGAAAGAAAUUCACCGGAUGGAGUAAUUAUUGCUACAUUGAUGUCUCCGUAUGACAAAAAUUUCCUUUUGAAAGGACUAUCUGAAUUUCGGAAGAGAAACAAUACCACCUUAUCUCUCAACCUGAUUGGAUUUGACUCAACAUGUCAGUUCUAUAUAAAUGAAAACAUUUCGAAUUCAAAUUAUAGAAUCUUACAAGAUGCCCUCUCCCUAAAAAGAAAGAAACUUUUACACUCAGCUUACACUUUCAAAGGACUAGUGUAUGUGAAGCGUGAUCCCAGCGACGUUCCGAGAUACAACGGCGAAUAUGAUCAGUAUAUUGUCUAGGCAACAUAAGGGAUUAAAUAUCUGUCAUAUUAAUGCCCAAAGCCUGAAUAACAAGCUUGACGAAUUCAAGAUGAUUUUUGAGAACUCUGAUAUUGAUAUAGUGUGUGUAUCGGAGACAUGGCUGAAUCAAUCAACACCUAAUGCGUUUAUUGAUCUCUCAGGAUAUAGCGUGCAUAGAGCUGAUAGAUUACGUCGUGGGGGCGGCACCGCUCUGUAUGUGAGAAACUACCUGAAUACUCAGUUAUGUACAA